GUGCUAAAUUUGGACAAAAUGAGUAAAUUCUCGGGAGUCGGUAGGGGGCUGUUUAUGCAGCCCAACUCUACUGAUCCUGAAGUCGGGAGAGCUUCAUCACCUACAAACAAGGACCUGUUGUCCCCAGGUCCACCAAAACUUGUCUCGUAUGAAGAAGAUGAUGAUGCUACUGGGGAGGACAAGGACAGUUCUGAACAUUUUGCUUUGCCUGAGGAAUCUACGGAAGACAGCUGUGCAGGAGAUGGGGUUACAGAGGAAGCAGCUAAAGAGCUUCCGCAAAGUUCAGAAUGUGAACCUCCUCCAGACCAGAACUCAAAUAUGAUAGAUGAUGCUGUUGAAUCCAGAGAACCUGAAGUAGCAGACAAACCGGAAGCACAUGUAGUAGACAAACCAGAAGAUGCUCAAGCACCCCCAUUGGAAGACCACACCAGUACCAGUGUGGAUAAUGAUAUCUGCGAGAGUGAACCUUCUGCUUCGCCAAAUCAGGACAAAGCUCCAGAAUGUGAUGAGAAUGUCCCUUCUGCUGUAGUGCCUCUCCUGGAAACAAAUGAAUCUAUGAUUGCAGAUGCUGAUGCUACUGAGGAGAAGGCAGAGGAUGACAAUGGUAGUAACAUUGAGGGAACAAACGAGUCACCAGAUGAUCCAGCUCGGGUCACGAGUAUUGAAGGAGAGACAGCCGAGCCAAAGUCUGAUGAAGAUGCAAAAGACAAUGAGAACGAGUCAGCCACAAUUGAAAGUGAAUCUACUGAGACAAAAGCUAGUGCUGAGAUGCCUGAGAAACCAAAAAUCCAGAUUGCAGCAAACUUAAACUCAGGAUCUCCCACGACGAUGAGUCCGACUACCAGCCCAGACAUCCCCCUUCUCCCUUCUCCGAUGAAGGUACCCGGCGCUGGUAUCCUGGGGCCAGCUCCAAAUGCCCCUCUUCUGCCUAGGGGCCCUCCUUCCAUGUUUCCCAAGGCCCUCCCCAUCUCCAUCCCGCCACCCCCAAUGGACUUUCGGCUACCCCCGCCAAAAGUUGUGCCAAAGACGAAAGAGGAGCUGCUGCAAAUGCUGACUGAGCAGGUUGGGAUUAUCCAGCCACCCGAUGAGAAAGGGUCCACGGAUCAGGGGCGAGGAAAGACAGCCUCAUCAGAUGAUCAAAACCCCAAGCAACAACCAAAGAAACAACAGUAUCCUCAGAGGCAGCAGCAACAGCAGCAGCAGCAGCCAGGCCAACAAUGGCAGAACUCUGGUAGAGAUAACAACUGGAGACAGAAGACAGAUCCUAAUAUGAGGAUGCCACAACAAGGCAUGCCAAACAUGCAAAACAGACAACCUAAUACUACAGGAAAGAAACCCAGCCCACAAGGUGGAACAAAGUCAGGCUUUUCUAACCUAACCAAAGAUGAGCUGGAGAAAGAGUACCAGUGGCAAAAGUUCAGUGUGGAGAGGAAAAUAAAAAAGAGUCUGAAAUCGAUGAAGACGAGUUCUGAUGAGGAGGUUAUAAAGGAACUGCUUACCAUCAUUAAAUAUAAUCCGUCCAAACUGGCCAACUUUCCGUGGCCCAAGGAACAGUAUGUUGUCUUGGAGAAGCUAAUAGAACAUGCCAUUUUGAACGUAGACAAUGAGGAAUCACUUCAGAAGAGGGUUGCUACAAUCAUCAAUUCAUUGCAAGAUAUGCAUCCACAAGGAUUCAAGGAAGAUCUGAAGAAUGCCAUACUGCAUGAGCAAGGAGAGUAUAUUCAGGGAAGUAGCAGUGAGUUUAGGAGAAAUCAAGCCAGGUCAGCGGGUCAUUUCUUAGGGGAGCUCUACAACCUCUCCAGGGCGUCGAGCACAGAGUUCAAAGCCUCUGUCCAGUCUGUAGUUGCCCUCACCCUCAAAGAUUGGAUCAAGGCCCCAAAUGUGGCGGCCAUCAGUGAAGAUAGCAAACUUCUUCUGGAGGUAUACGCUCAGUGCUUGGAGGAGUUUUUGGUCCUGAACCUGAGGGAUAAUGAUGAGCACCUCAAGAAACAGGUCGUAACGUUGCUGAAGGAAGAGAUUCUUAGUACUACAAGACCAAUUGAAGCCAAGACUCUCCUGCUUGAUACACUGUUCAAGCUUGCCUGCCAUAGUUGUACUUCAAGGGUACCAGCUGAAGCUCAGAAGAAUCAACAGGGCCUAGACAAUAGAGAAACCAAGAUAUAUUCUGGUUCAUCAGAGCCCUCUCCUGGUAAAACAAUGUCUUAUAAUCCUCAACAACCAAAGACACAACCUAUAACCCCACAGAAACCAAACAAUCAACACGAUGUUAAACAGUCUCCACAGCAGCAUCAACAAAGGAAACAGCAGCAACAUCCACCAUUGUCAGGGUCAAAGUUCACGUCUCCCCCGCCGUCAGGGUUGUCACAGGUUCAAGGGAGGUUCCAACCUGGGCAACAUCCGAUGAACUUCCCGCAGGGCGGUCCUGUAAACAUGAGUACCCCACCUCCGAACAUGAAUGCUCCACCUCCAACCAUGAGUCAAUCAGGACAUAAUAUACCUCGGUGGCCAGCUGCAUCUCAGGGUCCUCCUCCAAUGCCAAGCUCGAUUCCAGCUGCAUCCACGAGUACGGGAGUGGUUCUUCUGAAUCAAUUGCAGCAGCAGAUACAACAGCAGCAGCAACUAGGGUAUAUGAACCAGAGUAUACCUGCAUCGAUGCAGACACCUCAGGGACCUGUUCCUAUCCCUCAGGCUCAGAUUCCCCAAGGUGGGAGCCAGAGACAUUCACAUGGUCUUGGUGCUUCUAUCCAGAUGCUUCAGCAAGGUGCAUUUCCAGACCCCCAAGGUAUGCCUUCUCAACAAGUUCUAGGGAACAUGGUUCCUCAAGCACCUAGUAUUCCUCCAUCACAAGCCUCCGGUAUGUCCUCUAUGAUGCAAUCUAAUAGCCAAACAAAUCCUCAUAUAAUGUCAGGUGUGCCUGGACAGCAGAUGAUGCAGUCUGGUAAUGUCCAAAUGAUGCAGUACAGCUCAGCCGGAACCACUCCAGGACACCCUGUCCAAAGUUCUUCUCAAUUCCUUCGCAACCUACCAAUGUCUGUAGCACCGCAGAUGAGUACCUCUAUGAACUAUCAGCAGCAGGAAGAUUUUGCCAACCAAAUGGGACAAAUGAUGUUAUCGGGUUCUGAUCCCUGGCAUCAAUCAGGGGUAGGGGUUACCCAGGCUGUAACAGCACCCAUUUUUUCAACAGCUCAAGGCAUGAACCCUUCUGGACAAAGGCAAGAGAUGCUGUCUGCUCCACCAGGCAACCCUGAGGUACAGUCAUCCCAAGAAGAUAUGUCAGGUCAGCCGUCUUUCGCCCAAUCUGCAGCGAGUGGAAGAUUUGUCCAGAAUAGAAUACCUGAAGCAGCACCUAAGCAAAGUUUCCAAAACAGCGAUGAUGCAAUGCAUGGUGUUAGCCAGUGGGGUGUGUCUCCUCAAGGUUCUGCCUGGCCUGACAAACUUCCAGACUCCAACCAAUUACCCACCACGUCUCCUCCAUCCUUUACCUCGCAAAAUCAGAACCCUAAUCAGUGGUCUGCUGAUGGUCGCAACGUAAAGUCACCGGAAGCAGUGAGUGACACACCUUCUCAAGAGCCUUCAGCUUCAGGGUGGGGAGAUGCUAACCAAGGACCGCAAGAAUCAUCCCAACAAAGGUUAGGAACGGAUGGAUGGGGAUCUUCUAAUCCAAGUCCAGGUGUGGGUAACUGGGGUGCAGAACCUCAGCCAACUGAUAGUUGGAAUGGCCAUGCAACAUCCUUUCCUGGACAUCAGACAGGCGCAGUGCAACACAAUUCUGCAGAGCAUCCAGACAUGGGUCCUCGAGGCUUCCAGAAUCAACCAAGAAUGCCAAAUCAAGCAAAUGCUGUAAAGGCUCCCCCAAAAGACAAAUAUGUAUUUGAAGAGAGUGCUAGUUCUGUGAGUGGAUACCAGAGGCCAAAUGUGUACACUCUCCCUUCAAAGCACAAAGAAGGUUCUCCUGCAGCAGAGGGCGUAUCCUACAAUGCCAUGUCAGAACUUGGAAGCUACGGUAUCGGUCCUGGCAACAGCUAUGAAACCUCGUCAUAUGGAGGUGCAUACACGGCCAUAAGGGACGGAGGAGGCUAUGGAGAUUCUUUUCCGCCAGAAGGUCAGAAAGUGGGAAACUUUGUCUUGCUACCUGAGAACACACCACCCCAGAACUCUGCCUCCCCUGACCACUUUGAAAUCAGUGCCAUCAGAGAUUGCUUCAUGGAUGAGGAGGAGAUCUCGAGUUACGAAAUGAACGCUUAUCAGAAUCAGAUGAGGUUUCGGCAGCAGCAUGGCCAGCCUAACUGGUCGCAGUUUGAGACGCAGAAGGAGAAGCAUGUCCCCAGUGCCUUACAUGGAAGGUCCCCGAGGGAUACCAGCCAAAGAGGUCAUGGGAGGGGAAGCCUCCUUGUAACCAAUCCCUGUACAGCCAUGCCUCCGUUCCCUCCUGCCCACCCACCAGGCAGCAGGCAACCACCAAUCAAGCAGAAAUACCAACCAAGGAACUAACUCUGCAGUUACUCUCCAAAAACAUUUUUAGUUAGUGUUCUUUUGCAGCUGCUUGACUCCUCCUCGCUAUACCAAUAUUCUGUUCCUCUAUUAUUUGUAAGUAUCAUGUGCUCUUCAGAAAAGGUGUUCCGAUAGUGAGGAGAAUGGAGCAUGAUCUGUAACUGUCGUUUCCAUGGAGAAAAUGUGUGCCUUUGUGGAUGACAAUAUGUGGCCAUGAGAGCUACAUGUGUCAUUGGGUAUUGGAUGCUUUAAACUCAGAGGAAAAUCAUUGAAAUGUUUGGAAAUCAUUUUAUAUUGAGUGAAUGCAGUAAGUAGUUCAUCAUUAGAGAUGAAAUUUAGGUACAUGAUUUUAAGAAUGAUAUAAUGGUAUAACAUUUGGUGGACCAGAAGUUAAAAUCAAGGUCAGCCAAUUCUAACUUGAUGUCGAAAAGGGUAACAAAUGCAUAUUUCUUCCUCAAGCUGUGAUUUGGCUUCUUUUUUUUCUUCUUUAUUUUUUGAGUGUGAUGUGGUUGCCAUAGUUUUGUAGGGUGUAGUAGUAGUAAUAGGAGUUGCCUAUCAAAGGAAAUUUGAUCAUGUUAGGCUGUGUAAACAAAAAAUUGCCAAAUAUGUACUCUAUCACAUCAUAUUCAAUACACGUAGUGAAAAAUGCCAAUGUGAGCUGCAUAGAACUUUCAUAUUCAUAGUCAGCACAUGGUCACCUGCAGUUUGACCUUCCUAUAAACCAAAUGGGAUGUUGAUUUACCCAUGAUGACAUAAGUGAAAGAGCUAUAGGGGUUGCCAAUUUGAGCUAUUGUAUUAAUGUCAUGCCAUCUGUGGUUUCAGGUCCUAGCCCAAUGGGAUAUUGGUGUACCCUCGGGAUCACAGACAAUAAUAGGAGUUGCCAAUUUGAGGUUAAUAUGAUCAUUCACAUUCGUCAUCCACAUGACUAUGGUUUGACCUUCCUCGCUGAACAAGGAGAAAUAAGUGAAGGCCUUAGUUCACUGGGGAAAGUUUUGAUUUAUUUAUCUUGCUAUUUAGGGCUUAUCGUUGAACAAAUAAACUUGGUGCUGACGGAAAUAUGCCUCAUGCUGUUCAGGGAUAUUAGAUUACAUGGGAAUAAUUAGCUGCUGUCAACUAGUGCUGGAGAAAACUUGAAACUCGAUCCUGUAAUGGUGAUGUUGCAAACCAUCUUGGAAAGUCCUUAUUGGCAAAGAACGUACAAAUCUCAGGUAUUAAAGAUUUUUUGAAAGAAGGCAGUCUCACCUAGAGAGAAGUUUUAUGUUGACUCUCUGACGCAAGAUGCAGCUAUCCGUAUCAGUAAUACUGAAGGUUGAUAAAGAAUGAUCAAGGAAGUUAACAAUCCAACUUUCAAUUCCUUUCCAAGUUCCAUAAAUUGCUGUACAGGGUUAGAUCUUUGUUUCCUGAAUUCCCAGGCUUUCGGUAAUGGUAAUUAGGUCGCUAUAGUCAUCAAUGGAAUUAUAGAUAGGAGAAAUGCAUAGGAGAAAGGUGAUAUCUUUAAAGUUGUUUGGGUAUCCAGAGGUCAUCACUGUGAUGUUUCUCCAAAGAGUGGUCAGAAUGGAAAUAGCUACCUAUUAGUGCAGAAGUUACCGAGAGGUAGUAGAAAAGACUCGGUGUAGUCAGCUGGUAAGCUGGAAAAACUACAAGUAUGUUAUCUUGUGCCUAGUUUAGGUACAGGAAAGUUGACAAAAGUUUCCUGUCUGAAGACAGCAUCAGGUUGUUGCUGUAGCCUGAGUCAGAAGUUUUUAAGGUCUUGCAGUUUAUCUUUCGUUUGAUUUAAGUUCUGUACAUCCACAAUCCAGAGAAACUUUCUUAUAAUAUAUUACUACAAUGAGAGAUGUAAUGCGUUUCCACAACGACCCAGCGAACCAUUACAACAUUCCAAUAACUAUAUAAAUAAAUGUAUUUUCAAAGAUUCCUAACAAAAACUCGUCAUUACAGAUACAUACAACAUGAACCCUUCCUUGAUUGUGACUAUCUGUGUGAUGUUUACCAUUCGUGCAUAGAACUAUCGCAAACGUCCAGAUUCCAUAGAUACAAUUGAAUCGUUUGGUUGCAAGAUGAGAUGUUUUGAGGCGAAAGAUGACGAAUGCUCUGUCCGCUGUCUUUGAAAGAGAAAACUCCAUGACUGACCUUGAUUUCCUCUCAUUGACAUCCAUGAUAAAUGUGAUGAUCAUUAGCACAAUAUUUCCAUAAUUAGAUGGUAUACCCGAAUGAUGACCCAUAUGCCUUGAAUCGCAUACAAGCACUCUGUAAGAAUGAUUGACUCGUGCAGCUAACGAGGAGGAUGGCCUUGUAUGCACUAAUGGCUUGGGAUGAUGAGAGUUGGUGGGUUAUACCAGGUACUUUAAUUGCAGUGUUAUGUCAAAUGGUUAAUGAUCGUUGAUUGUCAUUCACAUAGAGAGCUUCAUGGCUGUAGAUGGAGGGUAAAAUGUCUGGGUAGAGGUGAUGGUGCAUAAUUUGAAAAGUGUUCACUUAGAUUUGAGAAUUGUUUGGAGUGCAGCUCAAAUUCUUUGUAAGAUCGAAACCCAUCUUGACCUUUCCAUCAACAUGUCUUGCUAGGCUAGUAUAGUGGCAUUACUUCUGUGAUGGAGCUGUUGCCAUGAUGGUUAAUUCCUGGAAAGGAGGUCAUCUCCUGGGGUUCUGGGGUGCUUUUCCUAAUUGUUCUUCAUGCAUAGAGGGUGAUUUUGAUUGCCAUUCAGUCAACAGGGGUGAAGUGUCAUGUCUGCAUAAACUAGGGGCCCAUUUUCAGUGGUGUUCAAGAGUUUUGUUGGGAUGUUAUCAAGAGGGGUGCUUUUGCUCUCCCUCUGCUCCUCCCCAACUCCCACCAUGUCCAACUAGCACAGCUCUCUUUGCCACACAAUGAAUUCAUGGAAAGGAGGUCAUUUCCUGGGGUUCUGGGGUGAUAUUCCUACUGGUUCUUGAUGCAUGAAUGGUGAUUUUGAUUGCCUUUCAGUCAACAAGGGUGAAGCAUGUCCGCAGAAACUAGUGGCCCAUUUUCAUUGGUGUUCAAGAGGUUUGUUAGAAUGUUAUCAAGAGGAGUGCUUCUGCUCUCCCUUUGCUCCUCCACAGCUUUCACCAUGUCCAACUAGCACAGCUCUCUUUGCCACCCAAACCCAACUCAUAACCUAGGAUGUGUGAUCUGUAAUUAUAGAGGAUUGUCAGGAUUCUCCUAGGGUUACCCUUUGGUCUCUUGCUCUUCCACCAGAGUAUGUGGUACAAGUAAUGUAGCCUCUGCAGUAAGCCACCAAGUGCCAUCUUGGAGGGUUUGUGUGCCGAGGAUAUUUGUAGUGCUGUUGCAAUCAUAGUGGAAGCUCGCUGCUUGAACUCAUAAGAUGGUAGUAGUUUAAAGCUGUCUAUUAGUGGCUGUAAGGAGGAAUCGUACUGACUUACAUGGAGGGUCUAGUAUGGAAUAAAGCUGUAACUGUAAUCCCUCUCUGAUCACAAAGAAGAUCCAACAGAUUAGGAUUUUAAAAACAUGGGGUGUCGUAGCACAUGGAUGGUGAAAGCUCGCUACUUGAAUUUAUAAGAUGGCAGUAUUGUAAAGCUACCUAUAAGUGACUGUACAGAGGAAUCGUACUGACUUACAUUGAGGGUAAAGUAUGGAAUAAAGCUGUUACUGUAAUCCCUCUCUGUGCUGUCAGUGUUGAAGGUCAAACAGAUUUUGUCAGGCUGUCUUACUGUAGUUGGUAUUGGGGAAGUUCUCUCCUACGAUUUAUUACAGAACUUGAAGGAGGGGCAAGUGGGCAGUUUGCCCCUCCAGACAGAUUUGUAACCAAGAAAAAGAAAUGCACACACGCUAGUAGUAAGCAGGUUAGAAAUCAUUGUAAGUCAAUCAACGCACAAACUGCACAUGUAGACAUAUUUUCAAGAAUCACCAUUUCUUCCUCAAAUAAGUCAUUUUGGGUGAUGCCCCCUCCCCCCACCUCCUGCAACACAUUCCAGGGCCAUCUUUACUAAAAGUUUAUGGAGCACAGCAAGUCAAUUAUGCUUUGCCCCUCCUGUGGCCAAAGCCUGGACACAGCACUGAUAAGCUCUCAAGGGUCAGGUCAGGUCAGGUCAUGGAGUUCCCAUUAGUUCACUUCUACAUACAAUCACUAUAGGAGGAAACUGUUUUGGUGCUCCAUGUUUUUGUCCUAGGAACAAGUGCAUCUGAUCUUCCAGUGAUUGAAUAGUGCUAGAGCUCCCUCAUAGUUCAAGAUUAUGUAGGAAUGAUAUUUCCUGCUUCACUUUAUGAAUGGAUAGAUAGUCUUGGGCUCAUGUCAAGAUCUUGAGUGCAUACAUCUUCAGGAAAUCCUUCUACUUCAUAUAAUAAGGCUAUCUUUUAAAGAUGAUUUAGAUUUCUGGGACAUGUCAUGAUGCAAAAAAUCUUUUUUUUAAAAAUAUAAAUCAUCCAAAUUUGCAAUGAAUGUUACAAAGCUCACAGGAACGAUGCGUAAAAAGUAACUAAGGCUGUGUAAUAUGCAAAUUGAUUUGAGAGCAUCCCCAAUGAUACUGAAUUUUAAAAAAAGACCUUGCACCACACAUGAACAUUUGUGUUAGUCUGACAUAACCCCAUAAUCAUUUUGAAUUUUAGUUUCUAAAUAAUCAAUUAAAAAAAAAAUUUUAAAUAAUUUUUUGAAUACUGUUUGUGUUUAAAUGAAAUGCGGUUUCAUUACUAGAAUCAGUGUUACCUUUAAACCUGUGAGUCAAUAGCUUUGGCUUAUAGUACCUGUAAACAAACUUGACAUUGCCCACACUGUGUCAAUGUCUCCUGAGGCACUAGCCCUGGGGUUGCUCAGAAACGCCCCUCCCCAACCCCCGAACGACCUCAAUAAAUCCCCACCAAACCACCACCACAUCCUAGGCCUACCACUUUCCAUUAUGUUCAUUUUCCUGCCUUUCCUAGUGUGGGCGUUCAUGUGAAUCUUGAUUUACGAUUAGUGGUAGAGUAAGGUUUCCUUUGGUUAUGUUGCUAAAUCUUAAUUUCAAGGGUCAGAGGUCGAAGGCUCCCAUGUUGGUAAAGGCAUUGAGUCUGAAUAAUGUGCUAUAGCAUUCAAAAGAUUAACCACAUGACCCAGGUCGUAUGCUCCCAUGUUGGUAAAGGCAUUGAGCAUGAAUAAUGUGCCAUAGCAUUCAAAAGAUCAA